AUGUCAAUGCAAAAACUGAAUAAAGAAUUAGCAAAACUUUUAAAUGAAAGACAUUUAGAAUCAAGCCUUACUGAACGACUUGAUAAUCUUAUCAAACGAUAUGGUGUUAUUCAGAUUGAAGCAUGGAGAAAUAUGUCUGAUGGUACCAAAAAUACAUUAUUACAUGAACUUGUUUGUAGACAAUGUUUAGAUAUUAUUCGAUAUAUUGUUCCGAAAUUUAAUUUAAACGUAUCAAUUACACGAGAAACAGAUAAAAUGACUCCUUUUGAACUAGCUCAUUCUCUACAAGAUUGGAAAAUGUGUAAUCUUUUAUUAGAACUUGGAGAUGAUAAAACAUCUACAAACACAUAUGAUCAAUAUGCUAUGAAAAAACAAAAAGAUAAAAUGAUGAAUAUUGUUUGGAUAGAUUUAGAAUUUACAUCAUUUGAUAAUCCAGAAGUUUUAGAAUGUGCUGUUAUUAUUACAGACAAAGAUCUUAAUGAAUUAGAAAGAAAGGCAUGGGUAGUUCAUUUUGAGAAAGAAAUUCUUGAUGGACUCGGUGAGUGGCAUCAAAAUGCAUUUAAAGAUCAUAAUGAUGGUGGAAAUGGAUUAUUUACUGAUGUUAUUACUUCAAACAUAACAAAAGAACAAAUGGAACAAGAAUUAUUAGAUUUAAUCAAACGACAUUGUCCAGAAAAAGCAUGUCCUCUAGCUGGUAGUUCAAUUCAUAUCGAUCGAGAAGUUAUGAAAAUACAAAUGCCUACUGUUUACAAUUAUUUACAUUAUCGUGUUAUUGAUGUUAGUUCAUUUCGUGAAAUGAUGAAAAGAUGGGCACCAUCGACAGCAUCCCGAUUUGUAAGAGAAAUAGCAGCUAAUGGCAAAUGUGAAGUCACCCAUAGAGCAAUGGAUGAUAUUGAAUGGUCGAUUGAGCUUAUGAAAAUGUUUCGACCAUUAUUGACAGCACGAAAAAAUACAACAAAUGAAUCCAAUACAAGCGAUCGAAAUCGUGGUACAUUUGAAAGAUCUAUUAUACAGAAGAAUAAAUUGCCAAUAAUUAUUUCCUAUAUUGAUCGAUCAAAAUUAUAUAGUGAUGAAAAACAAUUAAUAAAACGAUUAAAUCAUGAACAAAAUUUUGAUGUAUCUAGUUUAAAAUUAAAUAAUAAUGAUCAACGUUUAUACGAUCAAAAUCCACAUCUAAGAGAAGUUUUUAUUAAUGGUGAAAAACUUUUAAUUUAUAAUGAAGAAUUUACCGAUAAAAAUCGUUUACUUGAUUUAUCUUCUAAUGAAUUUAAUACUAAGAAAUCGAAUGUAGGAGAAUUAAAUACAACCGAAUAUUGGGGACAACGAAAAUUACUCUUAUCAGAAAUAGAAUUUUUAACAAGUUAUGCUACAGACGAUAACUGUUUGGUUGUGUAUGUUGGUGCUGCACCCGGAGCACAUUUAGAUUAUUUAAGCUCAUUAUUCCCUACACUUGAAUUUGUUCUCAUUGAUAUACAACCAUUUGUUGCAUUUAAAAGUGAUAAAAUUAAAAUUCAAUCCGAAUGUUUUACAGAAGAUUUAGCAAAAACAUUUUCAAAAGAAAAUAAAAGUAUUUUAUUUAUAUGUGAUAUUCAUACUUUCAGCAAUCAUGAUAAUCUCAAAGAAGAUAUACAUAUAGAUAUUUCUAAUCAAAUAAUAUGGUGUUCAACAAUAGAUCCUCAUGCUUCUUUAUUAACAUUUCGUCUACCAAAUGCACCAGGUACAACUUUAUUUUUCGAAGGUCAUUUGUUAUUAGACACAUGGACAUCAAGAAAAAGUAUGGAGUGUCGUUUAAUCGUUGAAAAAAAUGCACAAAUGAAAACAUAUGAUCAUGGAGAUUUUGAAAGAGCUAUGAAUAAUUUUCAGAAUAUAACGAGAACUAUGUAUUAUACACAUGCUUUGGAUACUGUGGAAAUUGAAGGACUCGAUAAUUGUUAUGAUUGUCGGUCAGAAAUAUAUAUUUUAGAAAAAUAUCUUCACAAAAUUAAGACAUGUACUGAUGAAAGCGAGUUAAAAAGGAAAAUUGCUGAAUUAUCUUAUGAUAUAUCAAGAAAUAUAGGUGAAAAAAUAGACAACCAAUUAUAA